AUGAUUCGCAUCGUUUUCGCAUUGGCCUUUGUAAAUUCUUGUCUAUGUUACAAUCAUUCCAGUGUGCUCUACAAUGAAAUUUUUGACUAUCAUAAAGAGACAUUCCUAAAAUCCGAGUUUGCAUAUCAGUUCGCUAUGAAAAUUUUCAAUGCCUUUAGACAGUGGUAUUUCACUAUUACAUUUUGUGAUUUCACUUAUUUCGAAAAUCGAAUUUUGAAAUACAUUGAAAACUAUGACUACGGCUACGCAGUCAUUCUUUUGAACGGAUGCCAAAGUCUUAAUAAUUCCAGAGUAAAACCAAAACUAGACAAACACGGCGAGACUGCUUACAUUAUCACUUCUAGUGAUUUAACCCUCGACGACAGUGAAUAUGCAAUAGAAGCUUUGACAAGAACAGGAGUAUUCAAACCGCGAUCCACUGUUAUAUUUGUAAUAAACGUGCCCAAGCAAGUGGAUUAUUAUUUUUAUUAUUCAAUGGAGAGACAUUUUCAACUGAUGUGGAAUAGAAGCAUAACUAACUCCAUAGUAGUUGUAUGGUCAGAUCAACUUAGGUUAUACGCUUACAACCAUUUCAAAAAAGAAAUAAAGGAUGUAACUGAUGUAAAAGACAUCAGCAAAUAUCUGUCUCAAAUAUACAAAGAUCUCUACGGACAUAAAUUAAGAUUGGGUGUGUUUAGAAAAAUCUACACGUCAGAUAGAACUGGGCCGGUGGAAUGUGCCACAGUACUAUCUAAAACGAUAAUAAAGCUACUUAAUGCAACUUGUAAGCCUCUUGUUCCGAGAGAUGGUAGCACAGUUGGAGACAUAUUGGAUAACGGAACUGCAACAGGAGUAACUGCUGAUCUAUUAGAUGGGUAUGCUGAUUUAGAAUUAAAUUCACGUAUUUUAAUGAAUUCUUAUUAUGGUUAUAUCGAUACAACUUAUCCACUGAUGCAAGAUGAACUGUGUUUUUUAGUAGAAAAGGCACAUAAGCAAUCAACGUUUAUGACUGUAUUCCAACGAAUAUCAAUGGAUGUAUUAAUGCUAUGUGUUAUUACAGUUACAACUUUAUUUGUAAUAACUGUAAUUACUCGUAAAAUAGAAACAAAAGUUUGGACAAUGAUUGAUAAUAGCUCUACUACGGAUACAAUCACUGAUUUAAUAAAGUGUCUAUUAAGACAAACAGUAGACUUCAAAUUUACUGGUCCAUUGUUUCGGUGGCUAGUAUUUUUAACUAUGGCAUAUUCUCUGAUUAUCGAUUGUGCUAUCGAUGGCAUUAUCGUGUCGUCUAUAACAUAUCCAAGAUUCAAAACAGAUAUUAACAGUUUGUCUGAUGUACUUGAUAGAAAUUUAACUAUUGGCGUCCAUAACAGAUAUUUAAAAAUAUUCAAACCAAGUUUGACCGAAGAGAAUAGAGAACGUGUUUUAAAAAGAAUUGAAUUAGUCAACGAUCGGAAAAUUAAAAACAUAAUCGAUAACAGGCAAUUUCAAUAUGCUUUGUUAUUAAGGAAAUUUGAUGCUGAGUACAUUACUCGUAAGCCUUCAAACUACCUGAACGGCAGACCGCUUUUCCAUACAACGACUGAAUGUGCAGUACCUUGUUUCAUCGUUUUCGGUCUGCAUUAUGGAAGUCCAUACCUACCGAGAUUAAAUGAAAUCUUCGGUCGCUUAAGUCAAGCUGGAAUAUUACAACUUUGGUUUGACUCUGAUGACUACACUCUUUUUCAAUCGCGCAAUAAACGACUUUUCCGUGCAGAUAAUAAAGAAAAAAAACCUUUGAAGACAGAAAAUGUUAAAGAAAUUUUUAUCGUAUGGUCGAUAGGUCUCUUAGUAGGCGCGAUCGUUUUUAUCGCUGAAAUUAUUAUGUAUUAUAUAAAUAAAGUAUCACGAAAAUUGUUGUUAAUUAAACAAAAUAAAUAAAAAUUAUA